AUGGAAGGAGUGUAUUUGGAUGAGAAUGGGCAGUUGACAGUUGAAUACGACAUUGUGAACUGGGUGGCAUUUCCCAAUGAAACCUUUAAUGUAGUGAAAUUUGGGAGCAUAAGCAGACAAGGAUCCUCAGGCACAAAAUCCACCAUUGACCAGGAGGCUCUUGAGCGGUCCAGGCUGUUCAACCAGACCCUUCCUCAGUCAAGGUGUAGCAAAAGCUGUCGCCCUGGAUAUGCCAAGAAGGUUCAGGAAGAGAAACCGAUUUGCUGCCAUGCUUGUGCUCCAUGUGCGGAAGGGAUGGUCUCCACUCAGGAAGAUGCAGACCACUGCACCAAAUGUCCAGAAGAUCAACACCCUAACAAGGACAGAGAUCAAUGCAUCCCCAAGAUUAUCACCUUCCUGUCCUAUGAUGAAUAUCUGGGCACCCUCUUGGCUUCCACUGCCCUGUUUCUGUCCUUAAUCACUGGCCUUGUUUUAGGAAUAUUCAUUAAAUAUCUUGACACUCCCAUAGUCAAAGCCAACAACAGGGACCUUUCCUACAUCCUCCUUGUCUCCCUCCUGCUGUCCUUUUUGUCCUCCUUUCUGUUUAUAGGCCAGCCAAGGAAAGUGACCUGCCUUCUCAGGCAGACAGCCUUUGGCAUCAUCUUCUCAGUUGCUGUCUCUUCUUUGUUAGCAAAAACUAUUACCGUUGUGCUGGCCUUUCUGGCCACUAAGCCAGGAAACAGGGUGAGGAGAUGGCUGGGAAAGAGUCUGGCUAAUUCCAUUGUCAUUUCCUGUUCCGGUAUCCAAAUUCUCAUCUGUGUCAUCUGGCUGGGUACCUCUCCUCCAUUCCCACACUCUGACAUGCACACCCAGGCUGGAGAGAUCAUACUGCAAUGCAAUGAAGGAUCUGUUGCCAUGUUUUACACUGUCCUUGGCUACAUGGGCUUCCUGGCUGCCAUCUGCUUCACGGUGGCUUUCCUAGCCAGGAAGCUGCCUGGGGCCUUCAAUGAGGCCAAGCUGAUCACCUUCAGCAUGCUGGUCUUCUGCAGUGUUUGGGUGUCCUUUGUUCCCACCUACCUGAGCACCAAGGGGAAGUACAUGGUAGCCGUGCAGGUCUUCUCUAUGUUGGCCUCCAGUGCUGGGCUUCUGGGCUGCAUCUUCCUUCCCAAGUGCUACAUUAUUGUACUCAGGCCUAGUCUCAAUACAAAGGAGCACCUGACUACAAAGAGUUAA